AUGUCCUCUUCCUUCUUCACCACCCCUGCCUCGCAGCGGAAACGGAAGCGAUCCGAAGCUACAUCCAGCGCUCCCAAGAGGCGCAACACCGACGCCAAUGCCCGCCGCGCCCAGCGAGAAGACUCUAUUAGCGGCAGCGACGCCUCCGACGACGACGAAGGACCCGUCUUUGACGAUGAGAACGAUAGUGACGAGACUUCCGAGGACGAGAAUGAAACGGCUGCCGAAAAGCGCCUCCGAUUGGCAGAGCGCUAUCUGGAAAACAUCCGCAGCGAGGUCGAGCAAGAGGUGGGCUUCGACGCUGAGCAGAUUGACAAGGACCUCAUCGCAGAAAGACUGAAGGAGGAUGUCGCAGAGGGCAAGGGAAAGAUCUACCGCUCCAUUGCCGACGAAUUGGACUUUGAGCGCGCAUCGCAUGCUGCUGGCUACUCGGGUCUACAAAAGGCGAUAACAGGCUGUGCCGUCAAGCUACCUUAUGCGUGGACAGUCAGCAAGGACCUCGUCGUAGAAAAGUGGGAGAUUGCCGACCCAAAAUCCUACGCGCCAGAUGCUUCUCGUCCAACUAAUAUCACACCGCGUAGAACUCCCAAGCGACUCCUCUGGCGCAAAGGCAACAAGAAUAAGAAGGGUGACAGGGCCUACUUAGGCCACACUGGCGAGAUUGUGUCCAUUGCCAUAUCGGAUUCUGGAAAAUACCUGGCCACUGGCGACAUGCAUGCCCGACUAAUUAUUUGGGAUGCUGAUACUCUGACACCCCGCCAUCUGUUUACUCGCCAUCGUGAUGCUGUCCUCUCGCUUUCUUUCCGACGAGGUACCGACCAAUUGUUUUCGGGUGGAGCAGAUCGCGCUGUUAUUGUGUGGAGUGCACCAGAGUCUGCAUACAUCGAGACACUUGUGGGACACCAAGACGCCGUCAUUGGGGUUGCUGGUGGACUGGAGGUCAAUCAAGAGACGUGUGUUAGUGUCGGUGCCCGAGACCGCACUGCGCGUCUAUGGAGGGUUGUCGAGGAGAACCAGCUGGUGUUCCAUGGCGGUGGUACAGCAAGACAAAAGGGCAUGGAUAAGCUGCGCAAAGGCCGCUUUGGCAAAAAUGUUGACGGAGAAGAUGCAAAGGAAGGAAUGACCAAUAGCACACACCCUGACGACGACGAUACACCUAUUGCUUACGCAGAAGGCUCUAUUGACUGCGUUGGCCUCCUUGACGCGAGCUUGUUCGUUACAGCUUCCGAUAAUGGCGCCCUCUCGUUGUGGUCGGUUACCAGGAAGAAGCCUCUUUUCACCUACCCGCUUACGCAUGGCCGUGAUCCACCACUUGCGCCAGAAGAAAUGUCAGCUAAUCACGAUGCUACUACUUCGGUCAAACCGGGACCGCGUUUACCAAGAUACGUUACCGCGCUCGCCACGGUGCCGUUUGCCAAUCUGGUCCUUACAGCGAGCUGGGAUGGCUGGAUACGUGCUUGGAAAAUUACCGACGACAAGAGGAGUAUUGAGCCGAUUGGAAAGGUGGGACGUGUGCCUCUCGAUGAGGAUGCAACAAUGGACGGCAACAGUGAAGAUGGCCCAAUUCUGAUUCGAGGUAUCGUCAACGGACUCUCAAUACAGGAACGAGGCGACAGGGGUAAAGACGGAUUAUGCAUUGUAGCAGCAGUAGGCAAGGAACCAAGACUAGCAAGAUGGAUGUCUGGUAAAGUCAAAAACGGCAUCUACGUUUUCGAAGUGCCGCGCAAAAGCCUAAUGAAUGGCGCGGCUGAUGAAGAAAACGAAGAUGAGGAUGAAGACGAAGAAUCGUAG